UCCGUGCGUUGGUUGGAAAGACAGCUGUGCGGAAAGGCACGUUGGUGGGAGGGAGAGUGAGGGGCUAGGAAAGAGCGAAGGGAAGAGCAAGAGAAACGAAAAGCAGUCGUGAAUUGGCAACAAGCAAGCGACUGACCACAGCUUGUCAGUUAGUGCUCGCGGUAACCGGAUUGCACGCCUGGACGAGAUUGUCUCAACCUGAGGCAACUGUGAAUAGUCCCAGCAGUGCUUUGUUUGGGGUCGAGAACUUUUACGAGGAAAGCUGCGUGGGUGGUAUGAGGGCGGACGCGGCCGAGCGGCGGUAGUGCAGCGGCAGGCGCCAGGUGCUGCCCGCAGAGAUGACGUCGGCGGGCGCGCAGCAGCCCGCGCCGGCCCAGCAGCAGGCCCUGGGCCACCGGCGCAGCGAGUCGUCGGGCGGCCAGCGCCGCGCCGACAGCCUGUCCGGCGCCUUCGGCCACAGGCGCUCCGAGAGUCAGCACUACAAGCCCAGCGUCGACGGCAUCUUCGCGCACAAAAGGUCGCAGUCGGGCAGCAGCAGCAGCUACCAGCCAGCGGGCCACCGGCGGAACGAGAGCAUGUACGCGAUGACGGGCCUGUACGCGGACAGCGGCCUGGACACGGGCGUCGAGGGCCACGAGUCCGGCGGCGAGCAGCAACCGCCCACCAGCAGCACCAGGCUCACCCACGAGGGCGUGGUGCGCUGCCACAGCAGGAACCCCAGCGCCAGCCUCGUGGACCACAGAGAUUUCAUCAUCAAGUGUCACAGCAGAAAUCCAAGUGCCUCCAUGGUCGUAGACAGGCCGGAAAAAGAACGAGCUCAAACGCCACCGAUCAAUCCAGACUCCAAGGACUGCGGCAUCCUGAGCUGCAGACCGGCAUUUAUUCAAAGAUUCGCCGGUAUAAAGGUAUUUGUGUUCCUGCUAUCGUUCCUCGUCACGCUGCAGCAAGCUCUCAGCUCUGGCUACAUCAACUCGGUGAUCACCACCAUCGAGAAAAGGUUCGAAAUCCCAUCGAGCCUCUCCGGCCUCAUUGCCAGCUCGUAUGAAAUAGGAAAUGUCAUCACGGUCAUCUUCGUCAGCUAUCUCGGUAGUCGCAGGCACAUUCCCGUAUGGAUUGCUAUCGGAGCCGUCAUUAUGGGCCUUGGCUCCAUGAUAUUCAUGGUGCCGCAUUUCACGGCCGAACCGAAUCUCACGACAAAUACCAAUCAGUCCAACUCCGAUAACAUUUGUCGUGGAAUAUCCUUGAGAGAACAAGACAUGGGUUUAGGUCGAUUGUCGUCGGGCUUGUCGUCGCCUCCUCUGUCUCCGCACAACAAUUUGCGAGGCGACAAUUGUAUCACUGGAUCACCCUCGACCGCGGGCCCGGUAAUGCUUUUUGUCGUGGCCCAACUGUUGCUUGGCUGCGGUGGCUCCCCUUUGUUUACUCUCGGUACCACCUACAUCGACGAUCACGUGAGGCCAGAGAGCGCCUCGCUGUAUAUUGGGUGCAUGUACAGCAUGGCAGCCUUUGGACCAGUCUUGGGCUUUCUUCUUGGAGCAUAUCUUUUGUCGUUUCACAUGGACUCGCUAUCUUCGACGAUAAUCAGCAUAGAUCCCGGUGAUCACCGAUGGGUAGGGAUGUGGUGGGGUGGCUUUUUACUGUGCGGUCUACUUCUCAUUCUGGUAGCGAUCCCGUUCUUCAGCUUUCCUAAAACUCUGCAUAGAGAGAAAGAAAAGAUAAGAAUCAUCGAAAAAAACAAGCUCCCGCCGACCAAGGAAAAAGAGCAGAGCAAAGACUCGAAAAAGAGCCAAACAUCCGAUGAUUCGGCUUCUUACGGGAAGGAUGUCAAAGACAUUCCUCGAAGCAUGUGGCGACUGGUGUGCAACCCGGUAUACGUGAUCACCUGCCUCGGUGCCUGCAUGGAACUCGUCAUUGUGUCGGGUUUCGUGGUAUUCCUACCCAAAUACUUGGAGACUCAAUUCAGCUUAGGCAAAAGUCAGGCCUCAAUUUUCACUGGAUCCAUAGCCAUUCCCGGUGCAUGCAUAGGCAUUUUCUUCGGCGGCUGUCUGCUCAAGCGCCUCGAGCUGAAGCCCAAAGGCGCAGUUCAGUUCGUCCUCGUCUCCAACGUGAUAUGCCUUACGUGCUACGGCCUACUCUUCUUUCUCGGCUGCGAUAACGUCAAAAUGGCUGGGACCACCAUCCCAUACUUCAAUAGCAGCGUCAAAGGCCCCGAACCUUUUCAGGUUAAUCUCACUGCCGCUUGCAACUUCGGUUGCGAGUGCCGUAUGAAUGACGUCGAGCCCGUUUGCGGUAACAAUGGCCUCACCUACUUUAGCCCUUGUCACGCUGGCUGCACUGCCUUCAGCUCCAAAUCCAACUUUACCAAUUGUGCUUGUAUACACGGAAAUUUGACCGUGAUCCCACCGGCAGCUCCAGAAUUUGCUGAAGUAACGGUGGUACCCGUAGCUACAGCUGGCCCCUGCACUUCUCCAUGCAAAACCAUCUUUCCUUUUCUUAUAUUACUAUUUUUCAUGACUUUUAUUGUGGCAAUAACGCAGAUGCCACUUCUUAUGAUAGUUUUAAGGUCUGUGUCGGAAGAGGAAAGAUCUUUUGCUUUGGGGAUGCAAUUUGUAAUAUUUAGAUUAUUUGGCUAUAUACCCGCACCAAUACUGUUUGGAAAUCUUAUUGACUCCACUUGUUUACUGUGGAAAAGCACGUGCGGUGAGAAGGGAGGUCGUUGUCUGCUAUACGACAUAGAACAAUUUCGAUAUAGGUAUGUUGGUCUAUGUUGUGGAAUUAAGAUACUGGCUCUGGCGCUAUUCCUCGUCGAUUGGUGGCUAGUAAGAAGAAGAAAACAGCUAGAUGAACAAGUACCUACUAUGACAGUGAAUGAACUCGUGGGUUCAAUAAUCAGCCUUGAUCAACUGUUCGAGGAAAAGCCUCACGUGCACGCGAACGAGCAAGAACAUACGCACCUGCCAAACUCCGAAGUUCCUACAUCUUCGUUGAUGAUUUCAUCGCCAACAGAAGUGACAAAGUCGACGCGGCCAGAAGAAACAAGAUCGUUGACGACGACGCAUGCUUCCCAAGAUUCCAAAAGCAUUCCAGAUGUUUCGGACACGCGGCGAGCUCUUCUAUCGGAACCCGAACCUGAUGUAAUUACCAAACCACCUUCAAUAGCAACCGAAAGUCUCAAUUGCAAGGUUUAACGAUAGCGUCCUCUGAAAUUAGUAAUCGCAAAAUGUAAGGUGUGUCGGUGCACCUUUAGUUUUAUUGUAAUAUUCGUCCGCUCGUAUCAACGCAUUUCUUAACCAGAGCAAACACAAAAUGUACAUAUCGUCUAUUUACGCCGAAGAAUUUAUUGGCCAUGUGCAAUUAUAAAUCUACAAAAAGAUACGAUAAAAGAUAUUUGAUAUUAGGCAAUGUCAUUUGCUCUUUUUGAAAUAAGUUGAAUAAAAACAGAAUCAAGUUGUCUAAAGUUCGUGGUAGAAUACUAGCGGGGAAUACAUGUUGUUUCGAUUCGCCCGACUCGUGACUCCGCGGAGUCAAAGCCUUGUGCGAACGAAAUGAAAUAUUAUUCAGAUGUAAAUAAGAAAACUCCUGCCUUAAAACAAAGUUGUAAGACUAUAGCUAAAUUUACGAAGUGAAGUUUUAUAAAAUAAGUCAACAGAGCUAAUGAUCUAAUCAGGCAUAACUUCUUUGAAUUUAAGGUUUCUUUUUUCUUAAUUAUAAAACAUACAAUUACGUAACUUAGUCAAUACAGAAUAGUGCAAUUAACGGAGAUUUUGAAAACUUGUAAGAUCAGGAUUAUUAAAAGAAAUUUUUACUUACUUUUUUGAAAUAUAAUCUCGUAAGUAAAAAUCGCCGAAGAUUUUAAGCUAUUAUACGAUAUCUAUACCUUUUUUAUUUAGAUGUAAGUAGAUAAUUUUUGAGCUUCUGAGCACGGCUGAGAAAAAGUCCUGAGGAAUUUGUAAAAAGGUCUUCAGUCUGUACUUCAAUAGUACUUCCAAGCAACGAAAUAUGAUUUAAAGAACUGACAGUCAAUGGUAGCAUACUCGGAAACUCAAUACAAGUCAUGCUCUAAUGUCAUUAUACCCAAACAUUAAAAUCAUUCAAUCCAUCUGUACUUUAUUAAUACUUUGACUCUAUUUUUAUCACUGGAUUCUGUUUUAAAGUAUUGAUAAUAGAAAAUUACACGAUAAUACGACAUUGAAAAUAUGUAUGUUUCAAUUGUUUAAUUUAUGACAAAACAAUAUUGAAUGUUUAAACCGAAAAAUAUAUUUUUUAAAUUUGAUUUUUAAUAAGAGGACAUGUUCAACAAUUAUUAUUGAUAUGUUGUAUACUUUCAGUGACUAAAAAUGAAAGAAAUAAAUUCAAUUUAGUUAGAAAUUUUAAAUAAUAAUAUAGUGUACUAAGAAUAAGUUUAUUAGUUAAUAUUUACCUGUACGUUGCUUUAAUGAUUCAGUCCAAGUAUGCAUCAUUAGAAUUAACAAACGUCUUCUCUUAAAAAGAAAUAAUAGUAAUUAUUAUUAUUAUUAUUAUAAAUAAUUAGCCGCUUGGCCUUUUCACUAGCGAUGCGUCAGUUAAUGUUCGUUAGCCUAUGGUAGAAAACGUUAUUAGAAGCAUGAACUUUUUAGGCACUAUAGUGCGGUUGAUAAGAGCUUCUUUGAAUUCAUUCCUCUAACAAUUGCAAUUUUUCUAAAUUUUUAAUUUUCGAUAUAGGUUGUUAAAUGUUUUCGACGCAAACAAUUUUGGGUAAAAAAUAAUAUUAGUGCUGAUAUGCUUAAAAUUUUUGUUAAAUACCAUAUUUUGUUCCUUAAGUACUAUACUAUCCUAAUAUAAUAUUCAUAUCAGACGGAUUAAAGAAAUAGCAAUAGAAUUUGAAUGACUUGAAUGUUGCAAAAAAUAAAAUAUAAAAAAAUGUGCUGUGAAUAGAUGAAAAUAGUGGACGACUUGUCAAGUUCAAUUGAAGAAUGGCGUAGUAAAGGUGUUAUUAACGAUGGUUGAUGGUCAAUACACACAUAAUAGUUGAAUCUAUCAUAAAUAUUUAGAAAUAUGCUGCGUAUGUACAUAAAUAGCUAUGUUAUGUAUAAAACUGAAUUUAUACGCUGUAAAAAAGAUAUAAAAUGAGAUUGUUACUGGAAAUCGAUGAUUCGCUCUCGAUUUUUAUGGUAUUGUGUGUAUACGGUUGUUGGAUACAAUUGAAGAUAUUUUAUAUCUUUUGUAGUGAGAAUAUGAGCCUUGGCUUACGAGUAGUUUGUUUAAACGUAUUGAUUAUGUUACUUAAAUACUCGUUGGUUUAGUAAGCCCUAUUUUGUUAUCUUUAUUUGGCCCCGUAUUCGGUUGCACCUUUUAAUAAUGCGAUCAGAUUUGAACGACAAACGUUAUGUAUAAACUUAUAAAAAUGAAACCUUUAAUGAAUUAAUUAUAGAAUUUAUUAGUGUUCUAUCUUUAUUACAUUUUCAGAUUCUUGACAUAAUUUUAGUUAUUCCUUAUUUUUUGUAGUAUUUAAUCGAGAUAAGGUUUGACAAUAGAAAAUUGAAUUUUUUUUCAAUGUCGAAACCAUUUAGAUUUCCAUGAUUUCCAUAUCGAUGAGUAGUCGAAUCAUUUGCUUUUAAAUGAUUAAUUAUUUAGCAUCAAGGACCCAUCUUAUUUUUAAAUAAUUACAAUGAGAAACGACACUAUCAUACAGGUGCGUGGGUGACGAGACCUGCAUUAGUCGACGGAUAAAGGAGCCCAGUAGGAAAUCAACCCGACAAAAUUAUAGAAAAGUGCAGAUAAUUGGUAAGGAUAGCAAAACCUAUGAAUAAUUUCGCACAGUUUAGUUUUUGUUAAUAACAAAAUUUCGAGAAUUCAACACUCCCAGAUCAGUAGGAAUUGAACCUGCGUAGCUUUUAAUACGAUUUUUAUAUAAAUGAUGGUGUUGAACCGUUAGAAAAAAAUACAUGCAAUUUUUUUCUAUCCAAUCGAAAUAUUAUUAUAACCAUCCAUCAAAGAAUAAAUAUUAUUUCUUAUCAAAGCAAUACAUACACGUGACAGAUCAGUCGGUAACAUAGAUCUACACCUUUGUUGGACAAUACGCGAGAAAUUGCAUCGCCGUAAUGAGAAGUAAUAUUUAUUAUUUUAUAACUAAUAGUCAUAAUUAUGUUUUAAUUUGAUCGAAAAAUGAGGCGUGAUUUUUGCUGACAAUUCAACACAUUCAUUUCUAUAAAAACCGAAUGAAAUCGACGUAGAUUUUAUUUCUAUUGAUCUGGAAGUGUCCAAAUUUUGGCAUUUUUUUAUGAACGAAAUCUUAAUUGCGCGGAAUCGUAAAAGAGUUUUGCUAUCCUUGCCAAUCACGCGCAGUUUUUUUAUAAUUUUUCCAGGUGAAUUUUCGUUUAUUUUCCGCUGAGUUUUUUUAUUCUUAGCCAGCCGGUUGUUUAGGUAAGUGACGAUAACUAACGCUAAGAAAUUUAUUUGUAUAUUUUACCGUGAAAAAUGUGAAAAAUCGAUAUUUAUUUGAUAAUUGCAAUA